CGCAUUGGUUGUUUCAAGUCUCAAAAACCCUACUACACUCCGACCUCAGUUUUCAACUCCUUUUUGGCUGACGACCGCCUUCUUCAUAACCCCGCAACUCUUCACAUCUCUCUCCUCUCUGCGUUUUCUCUCUGCGGAUAAACAUGGAGGGCUCUGAUGAAAAAACAUUGAAAGAAGUGUCAGAUCUAUCUCUGGAUGGUUCUACUCCAUCUGAACCAGAAGUUAUCAGCAAAAACGCUCGCAAGAAAGAACUGAAGAACAAACAGAGAGAAGAGGAACGACGGCGUAAAGAGGAGGAAAAGGAGAAAAAGGGUGCUGCCAUGCCAACCUCCCAGGUUCAGAAGCCCCAAGCUGCAGCAGAUGAUGAAGACAUGGACCCAACGCAAUACUUUGAAAAUAGGCUGAAAGCUAUUGCAACUCAGAAGACAGCUGGGAAAAAUCCAUAUCCUCACAAAUUCUUUGUUUCAAUGACUAUACUUGAGUAUAUAGAGAAAUAUGGAGGCUUAAGUAAUGGGGCUCAUAUUGAGGAUGUCGAAGUAACUUUGGCUGGGCGAAUUAUGAACAAACGAUCUUCUUCUUCAAAGCUCUUCUUCUAUGAUUUACACGGUGGUGGUGCUAAAGUCCAAGUUAUGGCCGAUGCAAGGAGAUCAGAUUUGGAUGAAGCUGAAUUUUCCAAGUUCCAUUCUGGCGUGAAGCGUGGAGAUAUUGUUGGUAUCAUUGGGUUUCCAGGGAAGAGUAAAAGGGGAGAGCUGAGUAUCUUUCCAAAAUCUUUUAUGGUGUUAUCUCAUUGUCUACAUAUGAUGCCAAGGCAAAAAGCUGCUACUGUUUCGGAGAAUGCUAACAGAACUGAUGUAUGGGUCCCAGGAAGUGCCAGGAAUCCUGAAAGUUACAUUUUGAAGGAUCAGGAAACACGAUAUCGUCAGCGUUAUUUGGAUUUGAUGUUGAAUGUAGAGGUUCAACAAAUAUUUAAGACCCGAUCAAAAAUUAUUUCAUAUAUUAGAAACUUUCUGGACAGUCGUGAUUUCUUGGAGGUUGAAACGCCCAUGAUGAAUAUGAUUGCUGGUGGAGCAGCUGCUCGUCCAUUUGUGACUCAUCAUAAUGACCUGAACAUGAGGCUUUUCAUGCGCAUUGCACCUGAACUUUUCCUUAAGGAGCUAGUUGUUGGUGGGCUGGACCGUGUCUAUGAGAUAGGAAAACAAUUCCGGAAUGAGGGAAUUGACUUGACACAUAAUCCCGAAUUCACUACAUGUGAAUUUUAUAUGGCUUUUGCAGACUACAAUGACUUGAUGAAACUUACAGAGGAAAUGUUGAGUGGGAUGGUUUUGGAACUCACUGGUGGCUAUAAAAUUAAAUACCAUUCCAAUGGGUUAGACAAUGAUCCAAUUGAGAUUGACUUCACUCCUCCUUUCAGAAUUAUUGAUAUGGUUGAGGAGUUGGAGAAGAUGGCGAAUCUCACCAUACCCAAGGAUUUUUCGAGUGAUGAGGCUAACAAAUAUUUGGCAGAUGCAUGCAUGAAGUUUGAUAUCAAAUGUCCCCCUCCCCAAACAACUACUCGUCUGUUGGACAAACUUGUGGGGCACUUUCUGGAAGAGACAUGUGUCAACCCUGCUUUCAUUAUUAAUCAUCCAGAAAUAAUGAGUCCAUUGGCAAAGUGGCAUAGGUCAAAACCAGGCCUGACUGAACGUUUUGAGUUGUUUGUCAACAAGCAUGAACUUUGCAAUGCGUACACAGAAUUGAAUGAUCCUGUUGUACAACGUCAGCGUUUUGCUGAUCAACUCAAGGACCGACAAUCAGGCGAUGAUGAAGCAAUGGCUUUGGAUGAAACAUUCUGUACGGCUCUUGAGUAUGGGUUGCCUCCAACUGGUGGUUGGGGUCUGGGUGUUGAUCGACUUACAAUGUUGUUGACAGAUUCUCAGAACAUUAAGGAAGUUCUACUAUUUCCAGCUAUGAGACCACAGGAUGAACCUCCCAUUAAAGCUGCAACAGCUUAAUAAUAUUGGAAGUUCAAAUCAUGCAACUUCGACUUUGAAAGAAAGGUUGGACCGCUGUUCAUUUCUAGUCAAAAAGCUUUUUGUUAUGAAAGUUAAUGUUAAUUAUUUGGGCAUAAACUAAUUAUACCAACCCAUAAUUGGGUUUGAUGAAUCGACUCUUUCUCAUGGGUUCAGUGCCAUGUUAAAUUUAAUAUUCGCCACAAUAUUCUUUGCAAUGGAGUUCUCUUUUAUUUGAAA